AUGUCCUUCAAACUAGGCAAAUGUAUCAACUGCCCUGAAAUCGAAAAACAAUCACUUUUAAGCUUCAAGCAAUCUCUCAACGGCUCAUCAAACGUGUUGUAUUCUUGGGAUGCUGCUAAGUUCGAUUGUUGCACGUGGAAAGGUGUUGUCUGCAGCAACUUAACUGGCCGAGUUCUUGAACUCCACCUCCAAGGUAAUUAUUCUUUAGGUGGCAAAAUAAACUCAUCUUUGCUCAACUUGAAGCAUUUGGAAUAUCUUGACCUGAGCCAUAACAACUUUGAGGAAGAAAUCCCUUCUUUCAUUGGAUCGCUCACAAGCCUCGAGUACUUGAAUCUAUCAUUUGCUGGAUUUUAUGGAAAGAUUCCCCAUAAUAUUGGAAACCUUUCAAAUUUGCACUCUCUAAGUUUGGGUACUCCAAAACAACUUCUGAAUGCUGAUAGUCUUGAAUGGUUGUCGGGACUUUCUCAACUGGAGCACCUCAACAUGAAUGGUGUGAAUCUCAGCAAAGCAACCAAUUGGGCACAACAGGUGAUCAACAACCUCCCUUCUUUAGUUGAGCUGCAAAUGAGUUAUUGUAAUCUUAAUUUGAUGGCUCCUCUGAAUAAUGCUAACAACAUCAGCCGUUCUAGUUUAGCCAUUCUUGAUCUCUCCUCAAAUUACAAUUCCCUGUCUUAUGCCAUCAUCUCUCCGUGGGUUUUUCAACUCACCAACCUUAUCUAUCUUGAUAUGAGCGAAAACUUGUUGGAAGGCCCAAUUCCAACAAUGAGCAAUACCACAAAACUCCAACACAUUGAUCUCUACAGUAACAAAUUGAAUUCAAGCAUUCCACAGUGGCUCUACUCCUGCAAACACCUUGAAUAUGUGAGUCUGGCAUUCAAUCUUCUAAGGGAUGGAAUUUCCAAUUCCAUAGCGAAUCUGACUUCUCUCAGUACCCUCGAUUUAAGUCAAAACCAACUUUCUGGGAAAAUACCAAGAGAAAUUGCAAACUUGUGCAAUAUUCAGACAUUGAAUUUAUAUGGUAAUAAUUUCGGAGGAGAGAUAUCGGAUUCAUUUGGAAACAUGUCUGAUUGUUUUCUAGGAGCUCUGGAAGACUUAGAUCUAACAAGCAAUCAGCUCUCUGGUCAUCUGCCUCAUCAAUUUGGAGGAUUUAGGAGUCUUCAAUCCCUGGCUCUUGGCUCCAACUCAUUGUCCGGUAUAAUUCCAAACGAAAUAGGGAACUUGCUUUCUCUUGGAAGGUUAGAUUUGUUUAAUAAUAAAUUUAGGGGGAACUUACCAGAGAGUAUAGGGAAACUUGUGAACUUGACAAUGCUUCGGAUACAGAAUAACAUGUUGCAAGGGGUUGUGACUGAAACCCACUUUGCCCAUCUCUCAAAUUUAGAACACUUGUAUGCCUCUGGAAACCACUUGACUUUGAAAGUCAACUCCAAUUGGAUUCCACCAUUCAAACUAGAGAUGCUUGGUCUCGGAUAUUGGGACUUGGGAUCAGACUCUCGAAUUCCGUUAUGGCUUGAAACUCAGAAAGAGAGUAUUCACGAACUUGAUUUGUCGUGGACUGGAGUUUAUGGAAACGUUCCCAGCUGGUUAUGGAGUUUAAAUGCUCUCGACCUUUCCCAUAACCAACUCGACGGAGAUUUGUCAGAACUUCUCUGUAACACAAUGCCCAACAAAAUGCAAUAUCUUGAUCUCGAGGGUAACCACCUGUCUGGCGAGUUACCCGAUUGUUUCGUGAAAUGGCAAUCAUUGACAGUGUUGGACUUAGGCAACAAUCAAUUAUCCGGAAGAAUACCUGAUUCCGUAGGAUUUCUAAAAAGUUUAGAGAUUUUGAAUCUAUAUGGCAACAAUUUCUCUGGCCACAUACCUUCUUCAAUGCAAAACUGCACGAAACUAAUUAAGAUCGACUUCUCUUAUAACAAUCUUGGUGGGAAUAUACCGAAAUGGAUUGACACAAGAUUUCAUGAGCUGAGGAUUCUCUACUUGCGGUCAAACAGAUUCAUUGGUGAGAUCAGUCCAUCCAUAUGUCAGCUAACCAAUAUUCUGAACUUGCAUCUCUCUCAUAACAAACUUUCAGGGAGAAUGCCUACUUGUCUCAACAAUCUUACUGCAUUUACUGAAGAAGGAGUUCCGUUUGAUUAUAGGUAUGGGGAAAGUGCAUCAAUUGUCACAAAGGGACGAGAACUCACUUAUGACUCCGGUCUCUUUCAUUUUAAGAAUAUUGACCUUUCUAUGAACAAUUUGUCUGGUGAUAUCCCAAUGGAGAUAACAAGUCUAGUUGAACUCAGAUCACUGAACCUGUCGAGAAAUAAUUUAACAGGAUCAAUCCCGGACAACAUUGGAAACAUGAAGCAACUCGAAUCUCUUGAUUUCUCCAUGAACUCAUUAUCGGGUGAGAUUCCAAGUAGCAUCACAACCAUGUCUUUUUUGAGUAGCUUGAAUUUGUCAUAUAACCACUUGACAGGGAGAAUCCCACAAAGCACCCAAAUUGAGAGCUUCAACGAGUCGAGCUUCAUCGGCAACAGUCUUUGUGGCCUUCCACUGAGGAUUUCUUGCAAAAAUGAUGGUAAUUCCCCUGCCAUGACACAAGUGCAGAUUCAAGGCAGAAAAAGCAAUAAGCGAGAGAUUGACUGGUUUUACGUAUUCUUAUCAUUUGGGUACGCUGUUGGGCUUUCUGCUGUCCUCUCUGUAUUGUUGUUUAAGAAGAAAUGGAGGGAAGCUUAUUAUGGGUUCUUUCAGAAAAUGUGGGACAAUGUUUAUGUGUAUUUCAUUAUCCAAUGGAGGAGGCUCAUGAGAGCGUUGGGUCGAAAUCCAUAA